AUGGAGGACAGGUGCUACCCAGUCAUUUUCCCAGACGAGCGGAAUUUCCGCCCCUUUACUUCCGACUCUCUGGCUGCUAUAGAGAAGCGGAUCGCCAUCCGAAAGGAGAAGAAGAAGUCCAAAGACAAGGCGUCAACUGAGCCACAGCCUCGGCCUCAGCUUGACCUGAAGGCCUCCAGGAAGUUGCCUAAGCUUUAUGGUGACAUUCCCCGAGAGCUGGUAGCGAAGCCCCUGGAAGACCUGGACCCAUUCUACAGAGACCACAAGACGUUCAUGGUGUUGAACAAGAAGAGAACAAUAUAUCGCUUCAGUGCCAAGCGGGCCUUGUUCAUUCUGGGGCCUUUUAAUCCCGUCAGGAGCUUAAUGAUUCGGAUCUCUGUGCAUUCGGUCUUUAGCAUGUUCAUCAUCUGCACGGUGAUCAUCAACUGUAUGUUCAUGGCUAAUUCUGCGGACAGAAGUCAGGACCCCAGCAUUUCCGAAUACAUCUUCACUGGGAUUUAUAUUUUAGAAGCUGUGAUUAAAAUCUUGGCAAGAGGCUUUAUCCUGGAUGAGUUUUCCUUCCUCCGAGAUCCGUGGAACUGGCUGGACUUCAUUGUCAUUGGAACAGCGAUCGCGACUUGUUUCCCAGACACCAAGGUCAAUCUUUCGGCUCUUCGCACCUUCCGAGUGUUCAGAGCUCUGAAGGCCAUUUCCGUUGUCUCAGGUCUGAAGGUUAUCGUCGGGGCCCUGCUGCGCUCUGUGAAGAAGCUGGUGGAUGUGAUGAUCCUCACUCUCUUUUGCCUCAGCAUCUUUGCCCUGGUUGGUCAGCAACUCUUCAUGGGGAUUCUGAGCCAGAAAUGUGUUAAGCUCAAUUGUGGCCCGAACCCUACAUCCAAUGAGGACUGCUUUGUGAAGGAAAAUAAAAGCAAUGACUUCAAGAUGUGUGGCACCUGGUUCGGCAGGAGUUCCUGUCCCGAUGGCUCUACAUGCAUUAAAACCUCAUUCAACCCAGACUACAAUUAUACGAACUUUGACAACUUUGGCUGGUCUUUUCUUGCCAUGUUCCGAGUUAUGACUCAGGACUCCUGGGAGAAGCUUUAUCGACAGAUCCUCCGGACCUCUGGGAUCUAUUUUGUCUUCUUCUUUGUGGUGGUCAUCUUCCUGGGCUCUUUCUACCUUCUUAACUUAACCCUGGCCGUUGUCACCAUGGCUUAUGAAGAACAGAACAAGAAUGUAGCUGCAGAGACAGAGGCCAAGGAGAAGAUGUUUCAGGAAGCCCAGCAGCUGUUAAGGGAGGAGAAGGAGGCUCUGGUUGCCAUGGGAAUUGACAGAAGUUCCCUUAAUUCCCUUCAAGCAUCUUCCUUUUCCCCCAAGAAGAGAAAGUUUUUUGGUUCUAAGACAAGAGCAUCCUUCUUCGUGAGGAGAUCUAAGAAGGAUGGAGUGUCGGUGUCAGGGCCAGGUGAUGACUCUGCUAAGAACCCACAGCUCCUUGAGCAAACGAAACGACUGUCCCAAAACCUGCCGGUGGACCUCUUUGAGGAGCACAUGGAUCCCUUCCACAGGCAGAGAGCGCUGAGCGCAGUCAGUAUCCUAACCAUCACCAUGCAGGAACAAGAGAAAUCCCAGGAACCUUGUUUCCCAUGUGGGGAAAACUUGGCGUCCAAGUACCUGGUGUGGGACUGUAGUCCCGCGUGGCUGUGCAUCAAGAAGGUCCUGCGGACAGUUAUGACGGACCCCUUCACCGAGCUGGCCAUCACCAUCUGUAUCAUCAUCAAUACCGUCUUCCUGGCCAUGGAACAUCACAACAUGAGCGACACUUUCAUAACCCUCCUGAAGAUAGGAAACUGGGUUUUCACUGGGAUUUUCAUCACGGAAAUGUGUCUGAAGAUCAUCGCGCUGGACCCCUACCACUACUUCCAGCACGGCUGGAACAUCUUCGACAGCCUGGUGGCCCUCCUGAGCCUCGCCGACGUGCUGUACAACAACCUGUGGGAUAAGGGCGGCCGCUCCAGCCGCUCCAGCCGCUCCUUCUUGGCUUCCUUCAGGGUGCUGAGGGUCUUCAAGCUGGCCAAGUCCUGGCCCACCCUAAACACUCUCAUUAAGAUCAUCGGCCACUCUGUGGGCGCACUCGGAAACCUGACCGUGGUCCUGACCAUCGUGGUCUUCAUCUUUUCCGUGGUCGGCAUGCAGGUCUUUGGCGCCAAGUUCAACAAGACGGUGAACAGCGCGCCGCAGCCGUGCCGGCGGCGCUGGCACAUGGGGGAUUUCUACCACUCCUUCCUGGUGGUCUUCCGCAUCCUGUGUGGGGAGUGGAUCGAGAACAUGUGGGAGUGCAUGCAGGAGAUGGACGGUUCCCCGCUCUGCAUCAUCAUCUUCGUGCUCAUCAUGGUGGUAGGGAAACUGGUGGUGCUUAACCUCUUCAUUGCCUUGCUGCUCAACUCCUUCAGCAAUGAGGAAAGGGAUGAGAACCUAGGAGGAAAGACCAGGAAAACCAAAGUGCAGCUAGCCCUGGAUCGGUUCCGCCGGGCCUUUUUCUUCCUGGUUCACACUCUUCAGAAUUUUUGCUGCAAGAAACGCAAGGGGCACAACUCCCCAAAGUCAAAAGAGUUCACAGGCAGCUUCGCUGGAGAGAGCAAAGAUGUGAUUCUCCUGGAGACGCAGCCCUGGAAGGAGUUUGAGGCACAAGCGACUUUGGACACUGGGCAGCCCAGGGCUCUGCUGGCACCACUUGCAGAGGAAGAGGAGGACAUUGACGGUUGGGAAGCCGGAGCCCCACCCGACUCACAGCUUAGUGCUGAGGCUCAGACCUGUGACCCCUCUUUGAAGACCAAGCAGCCCACCAGCCCAGAUAGCCAAGGUGUGGAAAUUGAAGUGUUUUCUGAAGAAGACCCGAACUUAGCCAUACAGAUUGCUCGGAAGCAGCCCGACACUGCCAGUGUGCUCUCAGAGUGCAGCACAAUCGACCUGAACGAUAUCCUGAGAAAUUUUCAGAGAACAGUUCCCCACCAAAAGCAACCGGAUAGAUGUUUGCCCAAAGGCCUCACCUGUCGCUUUCUGUGCCACAAAACAGACAAGACAAAGUCCCACUGGGUGGUGUGGUGGAAUCUGAGGAAAACCUGCUACCAGAUCGCAAAGCACAGCUGGUUUGAGAGCUUUAUAAUCUUUGUCAUCCUGCUGAGCAGCGGAGCGCUGGUGUUUGAAGAUGUCCAUCUCGCCCGCCGGCCCCAGAUUGAGCGAUUGCUGAGGUGUACUGAUAACAUUUUCACAUUUAUUUUCAUCCUGGAGAUGAUUCUAAAGUGGGUGGCCUUUGGAUUCCGGAAGUAUUUCACCAGUGCCUGGUGCUGGCUUGAUUCCCUCAUCGUGAUCGUGUCUGUGGUCAGUCUCAUGAACUUACCAAGCCUGAAGUCCUUCCGGACGCUGCGAGCACUGAGGCCUCUGAGGGCUCUGUCUCAGUUCGAAGGAAUGAAGGUUGUCGUCAACGCCCUCGUCAGUGCCAUUCCCGCCAUUCUCAACGUCUUGCUGGUCUGCCUCAUUUUCUGGCUCAUAUUUUGUAUCCUGGGAGUAAAUUUUUUUUCUGGGAAGUUUGGAAGAUGCGUUAAUGGGACAGAUAUAAAUAAGUAUGUCAAUCAUACUGAAAUUUCAAACCGAAGCCAGUGUGAAGGCAGUAAUUACUUAUGGAAGGUCCCGAAUGUCAACUUUGACAAUGUGGGGAUCGCCUACCUCGCUCUGCUGCAAGUGGCGACCUAUAAGGGCUGGUUGGACAUCAUGAAUGCCGCUGUAGAUUCCACUGGGAAAGACGAGCAGCCGUACUUUGAGGCGAAUCUCUAUGCGUAUCUUUACUUCGUGGUCUUUAUCAUCUUUGGCUCAUUCUUCACCCUGAACCUCUUUAUCGGCGUUAUCAUUGACAACUUCAAUCAGCAGCAGAAAAAGAUAAGUGGCCAGGACAUUUUUAUGACAGAAGAACAGAAGAAAUACUAUAAUGCAAUGAAAAAGCUGGGAACCAAAAAACCUCAAAAACCCAUUCCAAGGCCACUGAACAAAUGUCAAGCCUUUGUGUUCGACCUGGUCACAAGCCAGGUCUUUGACGUCAUCAUUCUGGGUCUUAUUGUCCUAAAUAUGAUUAUCAUGAUGGCUGAAUCUGAUGGCCAGACCAAAGAAGUGAAGAAAAUCUUUGAUUUCCUCAACAUAGCCUUUGUGGCCAUCUUCACUGUAGAGUGUCUCAUCAAAAUCUUUGCUUUGAGGCAGCACUACUUCACCAAUGGCUGGAACUUAUUUGAUUGUGUGGUCGUGGUUCUUUCUGUCAUUAGUACCAUGGUUUCUGGCCUGGAGAACACUGGCAUUCCUUUCCCACCCACGCUCUUCAGAAUUGUCCGCUUGGCCCGGAUUGGCCGGAUCCUCAGGCUGGUUCGGGCGGCACGAGGCAUCAGGACGCUCCUCUUCGCUCUGAUGAUGUCCCUCCCCUCUCUCUUCAACAUCGGCCUCCUGCUCUUCCUGGUUAUGUUCAUAUAUGCCAUCUUCGGGAUGAACUGCUUUUCCAAAGUGACGAGGAGCUCUGGGAUCGAUGACAUCUUCAACUUUGAAACCUUCUCGGGCAGCAUGCUCUGUCUCUUCCAGAUAACCACCUCGGCUGGGUGGGACUCGCUCCUCAGCCCCAUGCUGGACUCCAAAGCUCCCAGCAACUCCUCCUCCUCGGAACACUGUCAGCAGCCGCAGAUAGCCAUCAUCUACUUUGUCAGCUACAUCAUCAUCUCCUUCCUCAUCGUGGUCAACAUGUACAUCGCCGUCAUCCUGGAGAACUUCAACACGGCCACAGAGGAGAGCGAGGACCCCCUGGGCGAGGACGACUUUGAGAUCUUCUAUGAGAUCUGGGAGAAGUUCGACCCGGAGGCAACGCAGUUCAUCCGGUACUCGGCCCUGUCCGACUUCGCCGAUGCCCUGCCCGAGCCGCUGCGCGUGGCCAAGCCCAACAAGUUCCAGUUUCUAGUGAUGGACCUGCCCAUGGUGACAGGUGACCGUCUGCACUGCAUGGAUGUGCUUUUUGCCUUCACCACCAGGGUCCUGGGGAAUUCCAGCGGCCUGGACACCAUGAAGGCAAUGAUGGAGGAGAAGUUCAUGGAAGCCAACCCUUAUAAGAGGCUGUAUGAGCCCAUAGUCACCACCACGAAGAGAAUGGAGGAGGAGCAGUGUGCUGCCGUCAUCCAGAGGGCCUACCGAAAGUACGUGGAGAAGAUGAUCAAGCUGAAGCAGAGAGACGGGUCAAGUUCGUCACGCCAGACACUUUGCAAUGGAGACUUGUCUAGCGUGGAUGUGGCCAAAGUCAAGGUUCACUGUGACUGAGCCCUCGCCUGCACACCCUACCUCACAGCUUUCAGCCUCUGAGCUCUGGGAGUCUGGAGUUCAGGACUCAAACAGGCAGUGAACUCACUGAGCAUGCCAUUUGAUUUUUUUCCCCCUUGGCUGAAAGAGGUGAAAUGUUAGUGUUCAUUUUUAAAUGAUUUCUGGAAAGGCUUAAGAUAAGGCUCCCUACCAACCACUGGGGAGAAUUAAACGAGGAAGGACGUUGGAGCGGGCUACCGAGGACAUCCACAGGGAUGCGGGCCUGAAACGCACUUUAGGUUCUGUGGAGAUAAAAAGGAGAAGGAAAGAUCCCGCGAAAAUCUUAGACUGUGAUCUCAGCACGUUCCCCAAUGUGUUUGUUUAAUGUUUAAGUAUGUGACCUGUCACAUGUAGCUGUUUGCAUGAAAAGUGAGAAGCCACAACCUGCAAAAACAAAUAGCUUGUUGCGGCCGUUUCUAGCACACUCAGUGUUUGGGUGUAUAGCUCGGGCCUGAGCGCAUGGCCCUGAAUUCUCAGCUACCGUCCUGCCCUUCAGAAGCUCCAAUCCCUGUCGCGGCUGUUUAACCAAUAAACAGAU